ACAUGUAUUCCUCGUUACUCCUUCUCCUCGCCCUGAAUCGUCAAAUUGAAGCGUCGUCCCCACCGUCAAUCCUUGUCCACAUCCACCACCAACCCUCAGUUGGAAUUGGGAUCUUGACCAGUGCGAAUGUGAGUGUGAGACCUAUCUAUUGCGGAUCUCGUUGUUCAAUCAUAUUGCUCUGUGUGCUUUAGAUGGAGUUAAGUUUUCAUCUCUUCGCUGGAUGGACUGACAUUUCACCGUGAGAAGAACGGAGCAUCCGUCAUUGCCACUGAGCUCAUUAACUCAUUACAGCAUACAGGUGCCUACCCAGAUGUGAUCGAAGUCAAUGAGUGACACAUGAAGGCUUCAGACAAAAGCAUCACCACUAACUUACUGUUACGUGUCCUACCUCAUGUACGGCCUUGAGUUGAAGAAUGGAUUAAAUUCACAUCAUACGGUGUUCGGCGUUCUCAAGUGAUCAAAGGCAACACAGUCUCCGGGACAUCCGUACUUUUAGCUUGUCCACUCAAGUUCCCAAGGAUAUCAAUCGUGCCAGUAAUGGACCUCUAAAGACCAGAAAUAGAGUGCAAUGAAGUGAUCAUGGUGCUGCUGCCAUUUUUGAGCCAUGAAUUUGAGCCCGAUGUUCAAGCCACGAUCAGCGAACGCUGAGCUACUUCCUGAAAUCUCGAAGUAAGGGUAACUUUGGGAAGUAGUAAUUGGACAAUGUCUCGCAAGAAGAAACUUUGUGAAUUCUCAUUCCUCUGCUCGAUUGUCUUCAGCUCGUUUUGGUGGAGAAUUGUUCAAGGGAUCUCCUGUCACGAGUGCGGUAUCAUGUACGAUGGUACGAACCUAAUGGGCAUCAAGGAAUUUGACGAGUGCCAGUUCUUCGAAUCCGACAUCGCUCAAAAAGAAGAGAGCUACUUAAAACAGUGCCCUGGCGAUGACCUCUGCUGUUUUUCACUUAGGGAAUACAUGUACAUCGAUUUCUGGGGGCAUUCUGCAGCGGCCGAGGUGUUCUUGCACGGCUGUUGUUCUGCUUUAAAUGAUACCCGACAUCAUCAUCUGAAGACGGCGAGUCCGCCACCCUUGGCCACUUCAACGCAAUUUAGAGCGGAAAUCUUAUCGCAAACCAUGCAAGAUGACCACAUUCAGACCAGGGUGAUGUUCUGCAACACUCCAGGAUGCAAUUCCAAGCGAAUUCCGUGGUCACAGCCUAUCAAUAUGAACACAAUGACUCCGGCCCCGAAUCUAGACCCGAAAAUGUCUUCUACCACCGAAAAAUCACAGCCAGACACGCCUACAACGUCCAACCCUACCGUCACGAUGAAUGGGGUGGAAUAUGAAUACGAAUACUAUUACGACGACUACCCGGGUUUCACAGCACGGAAAAUGGAAUCGGACGAAAAACGGGAAACGAAGCAGGAUCAUUCAAACCUUGGCGGGAGAAUUGACGCAUUGCAAACCAAUGACGCAGAAGUGGAUUUAAACUUGGAACCUACCGAAGAUAUUAGUGUGAUUGACUUGCUUUUUGUGGAAGAGGGUCGGUCUCCUUCGAAUGAAAACCGGGGACGUCCGAAAAUACAGAAUGUCAAACUUCCCCCUGAGAAAGUUGAGGCGGCAGAAGAGAUCCCUGGAUUCAACUCGGAUUUGCAGAUCCUCAAUAAUUCAAUAAUUGGCCGUGAAUUGGAUCGCAUCUCCGCCGGUUCUGGAAAAAGCCCUCGUACAACAAUUUGCGAGUGCAAUUGUAACUGUCCGACCCUUGUCUGCCCAGCCAAUCUUCAAGACUCAAACUCAUUCCGGACUCGGAAUAUUGCUGUCCAUUCACCACAUUGCUCUAACAUAGUGCUCGUGAUUGCAAUGGCUAUCGUCAGAAUAAUACUUACUGCAUCCAUUAAUGAAAUAUAGAAUCUCUCAGUA